GUACCAUUUUAAUUUCUCCUUUCCUCUGAGUGACAUCUUCCAGGGGGGAACUAAUCUUGACUUUUACCCCUCUCCUCAGUGGUAUCUUCCUUGAAGAUGAGGGCACAUCUCCCCUGCCCCCCGGCACUUCUGCUUCUGUCACGUUUGCACAGACCUAUAGAACCCAGUUCCAAAGACCAGCUCUUCUGGAAUGCUUGCCUUCAGAAGGUUUCUACCCCUGAACAACGCCCCCCCCCGCCCCCGCCUUCGGUGGAACAGCCCACUGUACGGAAUGGGCGCUAAGAUGGCGGCCCCCAUGGAGGAAAGCCUGGGCACAGCCAUAUUCCUCGCCCAACAACGCCACUCGUGGACAUAGUCUCUGCCGAUCCCUAACUGCACCUUGCUCGGAGUGAGUAGACCACAGCAUCACAGCCCUUACGAUCGUGUGCGAGAACAACCACGCAGAAGGGGCACGGUCAGGGGUGAGGACAGGAAACGGAAGUGGCCCUCAGAGGACGUUUAAGUCCUGUUGGCGCGCGACGCUAAAGCGAGUGCACGAGGUUUUGUGGCGUGACAGUCAUCAGUGAGUUUUGAGGAUUUCUUGGUGUCCCUGUGGAGCUGUUGAGUUUCCUCCUUACUGGAGGCUGCGGGAUCUUCCAUUCAUUCUGACCGCAGCCCACAUACAGACUCCCCUCCAGCUUUGGAAGGUGGGCUGAGACCCAGGGUGAACAUGCCAGCUACUGGGAAAUCACCCCAGAGGUUCCCUGCCCUGGUUCCAGGACAGCCUGGCAGAUCCUUUGAGCUGAAAAAUGAUGUGCUACGUCCUAUGGCCUCUAUGGUUUCUGAUGUGAAAUCUGCCGUCAUUCAAAUUGUUUCUGUAGGGAUCUGUGUCAUUUGAGGACGUGGCUGUGGAUUUUACCCGACAGGAGUGGCACAGACUGGACCCUGCUCAGAGGACCAUGCACAAGGAUGUGAUGUUAGAGAACUACAGCAACCUGGCAUCCGUGGGCCUCUGCGUGGCCAAACCAGAGAUGAUCUUCAAGUUGGAGCGAGGAGAAGAGCUGUGGAUUUUAGAGGAGGAAUCCUCAGGCCAAGGUUUCCCAGGAUCCCUCUCACUGCUGUGUGGCAAGAGUUCUGUCGGGGGUGGUGCCCUCAGGCAUGACAGUGACCUUCAGCGUCAGAAGAUUCAACCUGCGGAUCAAACUGUUGAGUAUGAUGGAUAUGGAAAAGUCUUCUACAAGAACACAGGCUCUGUUGCACAUGAAAGAACGCACGCAGGAGUAAAAAACUUUGGAUGUCAUGAAUGUGGGAAAAGUUACUGCAGGAAAUCGAACCUUAUUGAACAUCUGAGGAUACACACAGGGGAGAGACCCUAUAAGUGUGGUGAGUGUGCAAAAACCUUCAGUGCAAGGUCAUACCUCAUUGCUCACCAGAAAACUCACACGGGGGAGAAACCCUUUGAAUGUAAUGAAUGUAGGAAGUCUUUUGGUAGGAAGUCACAACUCAUUCUACACCAGAGAACACACACAGGAGAGAGACCGUAUGCGUGUGCCGAAUGCGGGAAAACCUUUUCUGAGAAGGCAACCCUUAUGAUUCACCAGAGAACUCACACAGGGGAGAAGCCCUAUGAAUGUAGCGAAUGUGGGAAAACAUUUCGAGUCAAGAUAUCCCUUACCCAACACCAGAGAACCCACACAGGGGAGAAACCAUAUGAAUGUGGUGACUGUGGGAAAAACUUCCGUGCAAAGAAAUCCCUAAACCAACAUCAGAGAAUUCACACAGGUGAGAAACCCUAUAAAUGUGGCGAAUGUGGGAAGUUCUUCAGAAUGAAAAUGACUCUCAAUAAUCAUCAGAGAACUCACACAGGUGAAAAACCCUAUCAGUGUCAUGAAUGUGGGAAAUCCUUCAGGGUACACUCGUCUCUUGGGAUACAUCAGCGAAUUCACACGGGAGAGAAACCUUACGAAUGUAGCAAAUGUGGCAAUGCCUUCUAUGUUAAAGCACGCCUCAUUGAACAUCAGAGAAUGCAUUCAGGAGAGAAACCCUAUGAAUGCAGCGAAUGUGGAAAAAUCUUCAGUAUGAAGAAAUCCCUUUGUCAACACCAGAGAACUCACACGGGAGAGAAGCCCUAUGAAUGUAGCGAGUGCGGAAACGCCUUCUACGUGAAAGUACGCCUCAUCGAACAUCAGCGGAUUCACACGGGAGAGAGACCCUUUGAAUGUCAAGAAUGUGGCAAGGCCUUCUGCCGGAAAGCGCACCUCACGGAACAUCAGAGAACUCACGUGGGCCGGCCCUUGCCUUUUACUGUGGAGAAAGCUUCUUUGUGAAGACUCCCAUCACCGUCUGACCAAGCCCUCUGGGUCCUCUGGUCACCGGCACACAGAGCACACCCGUAACAAUUAGGCUCGGACACUGGUGUGAAAAUACAUCCUGAUUCCUCUUAGGGGCUAGCUCGUUGUUUUCGUUUCAUUUGGAUUCCCCUAAUUAAUGGUGAGGUUGAAUAACUUCUUACCUGUUGACUGGCCGUUAGGGUUCUUUUCUUCUGUGCUUUGACCGUUGUGUAUCCUUUACCCAUUGUUUUCUGACGGGCUGCUUAUCUUUUACCUCCUGGCUUUACAUGUUCUUGUUUUCGUUUUUCAAUAUAUGAGAAUGUACAAACCUUUUCUCAGUCAUGUGUACGGCAGGUAUCUUCUCCUGGACUGUGGCUGGUUAUUUAAUGUUGUUAACUCUCCCGUUGAGGUUUUAUGUGCGAAUAUUAUCAGUUUCAAGGUGAUCACAAUUCUCCUACACUUUUCCUCUAAAGUUAAGGUUUUCCUUUCAACAUGUAGAAUGUUAAUCUCCCCUGAGGUUGUGUGUGUGUGUGUGUGUGUAUAGCGUGAAUUGUACAAUAUAUAAUACUAUAUUCCUCUGAACACUUUCCAUAAAUGGUACCACCCUGUGUUGAAAGUUCUGCAGCUUGCUUUUUUCAUGAAACGUUACCUGUCCUUGAUCUACCCAUGCUGAUAAAUACAGGUCUGGUGUAUUCAUUUCUCUCCCCCUGGCGCAAGACAUUUGUGUUGUUUCUGUGUUUAGCGUCUGGAUCUAAAAGUGGAACUGAUGGGUCAUAGAGUAUAGGCAGUGUUUAAGUUACUAAGCUGCUGUGCCCCUUGCUCCAACACCCCCCUUCUACGCUGUUCUUUGCGAUGCUGGGGCUGUGACUCUACAAAACAUGUUUCUGUCUUGCCAGCUGCUUCCCGUGGGGCCUUGCCAAUCGGAGAUAGUAACCGUGAACCGUGAGCGUGAGGAAGGAAGAAGGGCCUUGCUCCUUUUCUUUUCCUCCCUGUUAGCGCCCCCUUCAUCUGAGUGUCAGCCCAGUAUCGCUCCCUCCCUUGCGCAGAAGUUCCUCAUGGUGGCAGUUGUUUAAUUCAGCACUCACAGAACAGCCAAUGGUGCCCCACCCCCUCAGAAACACUAGCGGCAGCUGGCUCGUGCCACCCCCUUGGGAGUUACCAGUCCCACCCACGUGACACCACUCCCCAGCCUUCCAGUUUUUCAACCGACUGAGCCACCCAGGCACCCCAGCCAACCUUCCAGUUUUUAAUAAUUCCAGUUUCUUCCCUUGUUACCUUAGCCUAGCUGCUUCCUGCAGUUGCUGCCUCCAUGAUAAUUUUAAUGUUCUCUUUCUGUCCUUUUCAGUUACAUGGUUAAUAACUUUGUGACUAGUCAAAAAUUCUUUAUAAGAAGUUCUUUUCAUUAAAACAACUGGCAUCGUUUCUGUCUCCUAGCUGGGUUCUUUUUUUUCUUUUUUAAUGUUUAUUUAUUUUUGAGACAGCAUGAGGGUGGGCAUGAGCAGUGGAGGGGCAGAGAGAACGGGAGACACAGAAUUCCAAGCAAGCUCGUGCCAUCAUCCAGAGCCCAGAGCGGGGCUCGAACCCGUGAACUGUGAGACUAUGACCUUAGCCAAAAUCAAGAGUCAGAGGCUCCACCGACUGAGCCACCCCAGGCGACCCCUCCUAGCUGGGUUCUGAUUGCUACAGAAGUUUUGCAACUUUAUUAAAUAAUUGAAUUCCCCCCCCCCCUCCAAAUUGUACUAAUUUACACUCUCAUGAGCAGUUUGAGACGAAGUUUACAUUAUCCCACGUAUACACCAGGACUUAUCAGUCUUUCAAAUUGUUGCCAGUCCGGAAGAUGUAAAAUGGCUUUGAGCCUUCCCAUCCAUGAAUAUGGUUUGUCUGUUUAUUUUUUAACUCAACUUUUUUCGACUUCCAUUGUAUGUGACGGUUUUCUCCCAUAAAUUGUCUUUAAUUAAAGUUAACUUUUAACAGAAA